AUGGCCCUUCUAGCCACUCCGUACCUUACAGGCUACAGCCUACAUGCUGACUCCUCUUCUCAGCGGUCAUCCUCAUCGCACAUUUCCCUCCAUCGUUUCUCCCUGUCCAUCGCACCUUCCUUUCCAUCACUUCUCCCUGUCCAUCGCACCUUCCUUUCCAUCACUUCUCCCUGUCCAUCGCACCUUCCUUUCCAUCACUUCUCCCUGUCCAUCGCAUCUCCCUCGGCAUGCAUUCAGGGCGGGGAGUCUCAGAUGCGCCACUGCACCGACCAUGAGGACGUUUUCAGGCAGGAGAGCUACUUCUCAUAUCUCUUUGGGGUCAUCGAACCGGGAUUCUAUGGCGCUGUGGACGUGUCAGUGCAGCCAGCGCGGUCGUUCCUCUUCAUGCCUCACUUGCCAGACUCCUAUGCUGUGUGGAUGGGCCCUCUGCACACCCGCCAGCAGAUCAAGGACAAGUAUGGAGUGGACGAGGUGCAUUAUAUCGAGGACAUGGCAGCAGUGCUGAAAGCAGCAGCAGGGAGUGGAGGCAGCCUGCCGACUCUCUUCCUCCUGAAGGGGAUCAACACAGACAGCGGCAACUCCUGCAAGCCAGCACAGUAUGAUGGCGUAGACGCGUUUCCCCAGGACCUGAAGGUGUUACACCCAGAACUGAGUGAGUGCCGGGUGAUCAAAUCUCAGGAGGAGAUUCGAGUGAUGCGCUACGCUGCUGCUGUAUCGUCUGACGCUCAUGUGGAGGUCAUGAGAAGAGUGCGGGCAGGGAUGAUGGAGUAUGAGAUGGAGGCUGAUUUCCUGCACCAUGCGGCCGUGGCUGGGGGAUGCCGUUUAGCCGGGUACACAUGCAUAUGCGGCACGGGUCCCAACUGCAGCAUUCUGCACUAUGGCCAUGCGGGCACUCCCAACGAUAGGGAGUGUAAGGAUGGGGACAUGGCUCUUCUAGACAUGGGAGCUGAAUACUUCACAUACGGUGCCGACAUCACCUGCUCCUUCCCCGUCAAUGGAACAUUCACUGCUGAUCAACGCCUGGUGUAUGAGGCUGUGUUGGCAGCACAGAGGGCAGUGUUUGGAGCAAUGAAGCCCGGAGUCAGCUGGGUGGACAUGCACAGGCUAGCAGAGCGAACGAUUCUGGAGCACCUGAAGAGCGGGGGAUUGCUGCAGGGGUCUUUGGAUGACAUGAUGACACAGCACCUGGGAGCCCUGUUCAUGCCGCAUGGUUUGGGGCACUUCCUGGGCAUCGACACACAUGAUGUUGGUGGCUACAACAAUGCAGAGAGGUCCAAUGAGCCAGGGGCCAAGUCUCUUCGCACCACACGGACCUUGGAACCUGGCAUGGUCAUCACAGUCGAGCCAGGCUGUUACUUCAUCGACUCUCUCUUGGAUCCAGCCCUCGCUGAUCCAGCUGUAGCCCGCUUCCUUGUGCCUGAGAGACUUGCUCAGUUCCGAGGCUUCGGCGGUGUGAGACUGGAAGAUGACGUG